CUAAAAACUCUCUCCUCUCUCUCUCAUUUCAACCUAGCUCUCUCUGUCACUCUCCCUAACACUCCACUCUCUCAACCUCGACUGCGCCUCCACCACUCUCUCAACCCCGACUGCGCCUCCACCAUUCUCUCAACAUCCACGCUUGCUCUCUGCCUCUCCCUCAACCCCAUCGGCACCGUUUCCCGCAUACCCAACUCAGACGAAUAACCAAAAACAAAGAAAAAACGACGCCAUCUGAGAUCUCGACCCCCAAACAGUCGCACCCUUUUUGACCCAGAUCAGAGAGAGAGUAAGGGUUGGGGUUUGGAGAGAAUCGGGUGUUUAAGUGAGAAAUUGAUGCUUUUCAGACCCAGAUCAGAGAAAGUAAAGGUUAGGGUUUGGAGAGAAUCGGGUUAGGGUUUGAUGCUUUUUCAGGUUUGAUCUAUGGAGGGAUAUGAGAUUGAGAGAGAAAGAAAGAGAGUUUGGUCGAAGGAGAGAAGAAGCCACCAUCGGAGGUCGUGGUUGUGAUGAAAAUUAUCCUUGCCGAUUUGGGCUUGUUUCAGAGAGAGACCUCCACUCGAAUAUUGGCUUUGGCAAGGGAUAAAGAUCUUGGAUUGAAGAAUGUGAGGCAUUUUAUUGUUGAUGAGUGUGAUAAGAUGCUAGAAUCACUGGACAUGAGGAAAGAUGUGCAGGAGAUCUUCAAGAUGACUCCUCAUGACAAGCAAGUUAUGAUGUUUUCAGCAACUCUCAGCAAAGAGAUCCGCCCUGUUUGCAAAAAAUUUAUGCAAGAGCCAAUGGAAAUUUAUGUUGAUGAUGAGACCAAGUUGACUCUUCACGGUCUUGUACAGCACUACAUUUUAUUGAAGGAGGCAGAGAAAAAUCGCAAAUUGAAUGACCUUCUUGAUGCAUUGGACUUCAAUCAGGUUGUCAUUUUUGUCAAGAGUGUGACCAGAGCUGCUGAGCUGAACAAGUUACUUACCGAGUGUGACCAGAGCUGCUGAGUUGAACAAGUUACUUUGUUCAUGAAUUUUACUUUUAUUUUUCAUAUUUUUAUUGUAUGGGAAAAACACUUAGAUGGCUGAGUUUUUUGCUCUGUCAAGUUAAGAUUAACAGAAACAAUCGUGUAAUAUUUUCCACACAAAGGUGAUAUAAACAUGCAUUUUACUUUC